UAUGAGCACUCGCCAACUUCCCUGAUAGUUGUUCUUCAGUGAGCUACUGACGAUAAAAACGGGUGACAGUAAAUCUGAUAGUUUUCUCCGGCGCCACCAAACCAUUUUGGGGAGUGAAUAGCAUGUACAGAGUUAUUUAAAUUCUGUUUUGCCACUUGAAGACGUUUCUUUCGACCGAGCUAAGUUGUCCUGAGUGAUUUUCAGAGUCGCCGUGAGAAGAGUGAAUGUGGGUAAAGGGAGAAUAUUUGUAGUUCUCAGCUGCACAGCUGAUUUUGGGUUUGAUUCUUCCUUGGAAGGUGAAAGGUUUCUUGCUUCAUCCAAGCCCAAGCACACCAUCUAAACAACAUGCCGUUCCCUUUUGGGAAGUCUCAGAAGAGUCCAGCAGAGAUCGUGAAGAAUCUCAAGGAGAAUAUGGCAUGCUUAGAGAAGCUGGAAACAUCUGACAACAAGAAGAGUGAAAAGGUUGCUGAGGAAGUUUCAAAAAAUCUAGCCUCAUUGAAAGAAGUGUUGUGCGGUACUGGAGACAAGGAGCCUCAGACUGAAGCAGUGGCUCAGCUUGCACAGGAGCUUUACAAUACCAACCUUUUCAUCGCCCUCAUAGGCAACCUGCAGAGGAUCGAUUUUGAGGGUAAGAAGGAUGUAGUUCAUCUGUUCAGCAACAUAGUGAGGCGUCAGAUUGGUACCCGCACACCCACAGUCGAGUACAUUUCCUCCCACUCUCAGAUCCUCUUCAUGCUGCUGAAAGGUUACGAGACUCCAGAAGUGGCUCUGAACUGCGGCAUGAUGUUGAGAGAGUGUCUCCGUCAUGAGCCCUUGGCCCGCACUGUUCUCUUCUCUGAGGACUUCUAUUGCUUCUUCCACUAUGUGGAACUCUCCACUUUUGACAUUGCCUCAGAUGCCUUUGCUUCCUUUAAGGAUCUUCUAACAAGACACAAAAUCAUGUGUGCAGAUUUCCUGGAGACAAAUUAUGACAGAGUAUUUACAGAGUACGAAAAACUGCUGCAUUCUGAUAACUACGUCACCAAAAGGCAGUCUCUAAAGCUCUUGGGAGAACUCUUGCUGGACAGACACAACUUUACAGUCAUGACCAGAUACAUCAGCCGAGCUGAGAACCUGAAACUGAUGAUGAACCUGUUGAGAGACAACAGCCGCAACAUACAGUUUGAAGCUUUUCAUGUCUUUAAGGUGUUUGUGGCAAAUCCAAAUAAGAUACAACCUGUUCUGGACAUCCUGUUGAAGAACCAAUCCAAACUGGUGGACUUCCUGAGCCAAUUCCAAACAGAUCGCUCCGAAGACGAGCAGUUCUGCGACGAGAAGAACUAUCUCAUCAAGCAAAUACGAGAUCUCAAGAGGCCCGCACCACCGGAGGAUGCAUAGAGGACAAAAGAACAGGACUGAACAGUUGCGAUGGUGACAUGUUUUAUGCAGUUGAGGAAAUGACAAACAGGCCUUUCUCAGAUCCCAUUUCUUUGCAGCUGACCUCCAAAAUGUGCAAAAAAAUUGUCAAUAUGUGCAAACUCAGUUUUCCCCCCCCCUUUGCUUAGGAACACGUGUGAAUUUGCUGUGUGAAAAGCAAGAGGGACUUGAUCACUCUACUCCAAAGCUUUUCCCCCUUGUGUGUGUUUGAUGGAUUAUUUUGAGCCUUCUGGUUUUCUGACUUUAGUCUCUGCCGCUCCUAAAUGUGAACAGUUUAUUUUAUCUAUGAUAUAAAAGCAGUUUAAAUAAUUAAUUGAAGCCUUUCUGGACCAGAUUAAUUGUUUGGUUUUUUUUUUUUUUUUUCUUUUGAUGAAGCGGGAGGUGAAGCGCUUAAGGAGGAACAUCAUUUCACACAGUCAUUUCUACUACAUUUUAACUUUUAGGUAGGCUCUUAAAGCUGUUUUAGGGGUGCGGUAAAAGCAUUUGAAGGUGUAGAUGUCUGUGAAUUUAGAAAGUAAGGCACACUUUUUAUGCCAACAUGAUUACAUCAAUUUCCCUUCUCCUCAAAAGCCAAUUGGAAAUGUUUAAUCUUUCAGAGGAGAAUUUCCUAUAUUUUUUGAAAUGUUAGGAAUUUUACUAAAAUUCCUAAUUUCCUGCCUAUAAUUCUGCAGACUUCAUAGUUUUGCAGUCUCAUUUCUGACCAUGUGCUCACUUCCCCUAGUGGUUACAUUAUUUCAGUAGCAUUGAUGGGUUGAUGCUCUCGAACAGCAUUCUCUUUCAACUUUUUUUUCUGAUUUAGUUCGGUCAGCAUGUUUAUUUUAAUGGGAAGUGAGGCUAGUUAAUAUCUAGUUUUUUAAAAUUAGGCAUUGUUGCAUAUAUUAGCUGUGAAACUAAUUCUGGGUUUGCAUAUUUCACUGAUCUACACAUUAUAUGUGGAACAUUAACCUCUUCACAUACACUGUAAAAUUGUAAGAAUGAUUACAGAUCCACGUUCGAUGCUUCUCAGGUGCUGUGUUUUAAAUUUCAACCUACGCACAUGAACCUAGAGACCAUUGAAGCCUUUAACAGAUGCCUUCAGUUCUCACACACAAAAUACCCACAUUUAACACCAUCACCUGUACUGUCUACCUUGAAUAAGUCAAAACUGUGGUAAUGUGUUGUAUCUUAAGUUGUAUUGUUAGGUUCAAGUCUAUUUUGCACUUUUCCGUACAGCUUGGUUGGUUAUUGGAAGGUCUUUUUGAAUGGAAAUGCAAAACAGGACUCGUCUGAAACGCCUUCAUUGAAUUAGUGAGUUUACCUUAAUUUCAACCUUGUAUUCAAUGUACUCUGUUUGCACAAAUUCUUCUCUUAUAUACCUCAUAGGAUUUGAGUUGCUUAAGUGCUGUGUACUUAAGCAGCCACCCCCCCCCCUUUGACCAGUUUUAUGUUUAAUUACCAUGGUCAAUUAUGCAAGGGAAAACCAAUUUCACCUUCAGUUACUGAAUAGGAUCUACAAAGGGAAACCAUUAACUGUGAUAUGUGCUGGUAUGGUACUUUUGACUGUGAGUGUGCUGAUAUUUUUCUUCAGUGUAUGUGGACGUUUUAGUUCUAUAAGAUUAUAUAGAGUAAAAAUCCCUCUCAAUAUAGCAUGAUGGUGCCAUGGCAAGUAGAGUGCAGGGUUUAAUAUGAUCAGGUUUUUGCCCUAGUCUUUUGCAAAGGAUCCACUUAAAGUGUGACUGAACCUCCAUCAAUACUAGAUAAAUCUUUCUGUUCCGAGUUAGCACAAGCUUAUAUUAGUUUGUCCUAUGAAACCUAUAUAAUGGUGAAAUUUAGGAACGGUGGAUCAAAAAUGAAUGAGUUUUUAGCUGAAGAGUUUAUAUUGAGUGGUGCCAUUUUGGACAGGAUGCAAAUGCCAGCCUUUUUCACCAUGUUAUAAUAACCGAUAUGUGUCUUUGAAAGUGAUUAAGAAUGACAAUGUCCAAUGCUUAUUAAAUUAUUGUUUGGGGUUUCUGGCUUCAAGACUAGGCUUAAAUACACCUUUUACUACUCCACUUUUAGUUUCCUUUAUGUUUUCAGUUGUCUGUUCUACUAUAUUAGGAUUAUAUAUAUGUACAUAAAAGGUUUAUUUUAAGAAACAAGUGUGAAGACCUAUUGGAAAUAAAAUAAACAACUGUGUAUG